AGCUUGACUGUGACUUCGCCUGUGAGGGCUCACGACCACAGUGUGAAACAGUUUGAAGAAAUCGAAACCUAUAAAUACUCAAGAGCAUCUGACUCGAAAGCGGUCACAGAGACAGUCCAAAGACAGGCGCAGAAAUCAGAUGGAAGGGGAGAAGAGAUAAGGAUCCUGAGCUUUUCACGGUCUUCUUACAAUUCUGUGCAACUUGCUGAGUCAUUUAUGAUGGAUACUGCAAACUCCGUUACUAAACUAAACGAAUACGCAAAUACGCGUAAAUUUGAAGUGAGGUACGAAGAAAUCCGCUCUGACGGACCGCCACAUGAUAAAGUAUUCUACCUGAGUGCAGUCAUAGAUGGUAAAGCCUACCCCAGUGGUGAGGGGAAGACCAAGAAGGAAGCAAAGCAAAAUGCAGCAAAAAAUGCUCUGGAAAGCCUGUCUCAGCUUGGUCAUCAGGACUCAGUGGAAUCUAGAAACACUGCAGCAGAAGCUUCAGUUCAGAUGAUUCUUAGCUCUAAGGACACCAGCUUUACAGAGACAAAUUUCAUAGGCCUUAUCAACGACUACUGUCAGAGAACCAAACGCUCCGAUUCAUAUGUUAAAGUGAAGAAAGACGGCCCCUCUCACAUUCCUCUUUUUUUCUACAAAUUAAUAAUUGACAACAAGGAAUAUCCUGUGGGUGAUGGGAAGAGCAUCAUGGAAGCCAAACAGAGAGCAGCAGAGUUAGCCUGCUCUGCUCUUCAGGAGCAGCCAGACUGGGACAGCAAGGUGUCCGUCAGGCCAACAGCAUUGGAAGAUGGUGCUCCACCUGACUCAUUAGCAUCAUCAGUUACACAGGAGUCCAUUGAGUCCUCAUCGCAGGGCCUGACUACAGAUAAAAGUGAAUCUGUAAUAUUCGAAGAGUCAUCAAACCCACCCACAGACCAGAGAAACAAUGCAGCAGAAGCUUCAGUUCAGAUGGUUCCUAGCUCUAAGGACACCAGCUUUACGGAGACAGAUUUCAAAAGUCUUGUCAACCGCUACUGUCAGAAAACUAAACGUUCCCAUUCAUAUGUUGAAGUGAAGAAAGACGGCCCGUCUCAUAUUCCUCAUUUUUUCUACAAAUUAAUAAUUGACAACAAGGAAUAUCCUGUGGGUGAUGGGAAGAGCAUCAUGGAAGCCAAACAGAGAGCAGCAGAGUUAGCCUGGUCUGCUCUUCAGGAACAGCCAGACUGGGACAGCAUGGUGUCCAUCAGGCCAACAGCAUCGGAAGAUGGUGCUCCACCUGAAUCAUUAGCAUCAUCAGUUACACAGGAGUCCAUUGAGUCCUCAUCGCAGGGCCUGACUACAGAUAAAAGUGAAUCUGUAAUAUUCGACGAGUCAUCAAACCCACCCACAGACCAGAGAAACAAUGCAGCAGAAGCUUCAGUUCAGAUGGUUCCUAGCUCUAAGGACACCAGCUUUACAGAGACAGAUUUCAAAAGUCUUGUCAACCGCUACUGUCAGAAAACCAGACGUUCCCAUUCAUAUGUCGAAGUGAAGAAAGACGGCCCGUCUCAUAUUCCUCAUUUUUUCUACAAAUUAAUAAUUGACAACAAGGAAUAUCCUGUGGGUGAUGGGAAGAGCAUCAUGGAAGCCAAACAGAGAGCAGCAGAGUUAGCCUGGUCUGCUCUUCAGGAACAGCCAGACUGGGACAGCAUGGUGUCCAUCAGGCCAACAGCAUCGGAAGAUGGUGCUCCACCUGAAUCAUUAGCAUCAUCAGUUACACAGGAGUCCAUUGAGUCCUCAUCGCAGGGCCUGACUACAGAUAAAAGUGAAUCUGUAAUAUUUGAAGAGUCAUCAAACCCAUCCACAGACCAGAGAAACAAUGCAGCAGAAGCUUCAGUUCAGAUGGUUCCUAGCUCUAAGGACACCAGCUUUACAGAGACAGAUUUCAAAAGUCUUGUCAACCGCUACUGUCAGAAAACCAGGCGUUCCCAUUCAUAUGUCGAAUUUUUCUACAAAUUAAUAAUUGACAACAAGGAAUAUCCUGUGGGUGAUGGGAAGAGCAUCAUGGAAGCCAAACAGAGAGCAGCAGAGUUAGCCUGGUCUGCUCUUCAGGAACAGCCAGACUGGGACAGCAUGGUGUCCAUCAGGCCAACAGCAUCGGAAGAUGGUGCUCCACCUGAAUCAUUAGCAUCAUCAGUUACACAGGAGUCCAUUGAGUCCUCAUCGCAGGGCCUGACUACAGAUAAAAGUGAAUCUGUAAUAUUCGAAGAGUCAUCAAACCCACCCACAGACCAGAGAAACAAUGCAGCAGAAGCUUCAGUUCAGAUGGUUCCUAGCUCUAAGGACACCAGCUUUACGGAGACAGAUUUCAAAAGUCUUGUCAACCGCUACUGUCAGAAAACCAGACGUUCCCAUUCAUAUGUCGAAGUGAAGAAAGACGGCCCGUCUCAUAUUCCUCAUUUUUUCUACAAAUUAAUAAUUGACAACAAGGAAUAUCCUGUGGGUGAUGGGAAGAGCAUCAUGGAAGCCAAACAGAGAGCAGCAGAGUUAGCCUGGUCUGCUCUUCAGGAACAGCCAGACUGGGACAGCAUGGUGUCCAUCAGGCCAACAGCAUCGGAAGAUGGUGCUCCACCUGAAUCAUUAGCAUCAUCAGUUACACAGAACAACAGUGAAUCAUCAUCACAAAACACUGCAAGUAACUCCUCAAACCCUUCUGAUUCCCAGGCAUUCUCUGUAUCUUCUGGGCCUGAGACUAGCACAUCUGUCAGGUUUACUUCAGAAUUUGAACCCUUGGAGCGUCUUGGUAAGGGGGCCUUUGGUUCUGUUUACAAAGUAAGAGAUAAAAAACUGAAGAUAGAAUAUGCUGUGAAGGUCGGCUGCUAUAAAGAAAAAUCUCUUCGAGAGGUGAGAACAUUAUCAGACCUCUUCCACCGUAACAUUGUUAGAUAUUACACGUUCUGGAUGCAGGAUACUGGAUACGAGUGGGACCUUAGAGAUGACAGUUAUGACAGUUACGCCUCUUCACACCAUGAAGGUAACUCAGAGUCAAAGUUCCUGUAUAUUCAGAUGGAGUUAUGUGCCAAAAACACACUGAGAGACUGGAUUGAUGAGAAGAAUAAAGAGAGUGUGCAAGACUCCAAGCGAAGAGAAGAAAGUCUGAGAAUUGCUCAAGAAAUAGUUUGUGGAGUCGAGUAUAUUCACUCCAAGAACCACAUCCACAGAGACCUUAAGCCUGCAAACAUCAUGUUUGGAGUGGAAGGAGAAGUGAAGAUUGGGGAUUUUGGUCUGGUCACCAGUGAUGAUGAUGAUGAGGAGAGAACAGUGUGCAAAGGAACUCCAUCUUACAUGGCUCCUGAACAAAGGAGUGAGAGGAAGUACAACAGAAAAGUGGACAUGUUUGCUUUGGGGCUGAUAUUCUUUGAACUCCUUUGGAAACUUUCUACUGGCUAUGAAAGAGCAAAGAUUUGGCCUGACGUCAGAAGGCAGAGGUUCCCCGAAGAGUUUUCAGUGACUUUUACCAAAGAGAAGCAAAUUAUUAACUCAUUGCUGUCUGAGAAACCAGAAGACCGACCUGAUGCAAGUGCCGUGAAGGCAGAGCUUGAAGAGUGGACUCGGAUAUUCAACUCACACAAAGCAUCUUGCCAGGAAAAUCAAACUGUCUGAUAGUCACAAGAGAAAAGUUGCAAAGUCACAGGAGCCUUUGCAAAUCUGUCUUGUUGCAUCUGCUUAAUGAAAUGAUUGAUGUACUGUGUAAUAUUAUGCUGGGUAACUGUUAACAUGCAAAGUUAAUAUAUGGAAGACGUCACAUCAUGAAUCCCGGCUAUUUCAGGGAAGUUUGUAUUGGAUUUAGAAAUGAAAUGUGAAAUCAUGAUUUUAAAAUCUAACUAUUCAAAUCAGUUUCCCGGUGUAGGUCGUCACUUUGUAACUGUUAACCUGCUGCUGUCCCGAAGAGGAGGAACUGUGAUGCUACAUGUACUUCUGGUGGAUUCAUGUUGAAUGUCAGAGAUAAAAAAAGCACACUCCAUGUGGCACAAUUUUAGAAACUUUCCUAAAUGUUUUCAAUCAUUUUUAACCAUUUUAAUUAUUUUUUCUUCCAUUUUUUCUUUUGUUUAUUUUAAUCUGAUUGAUUGCAAUAUCAGUCAGCUACAUGUGACUUGGAACAGCAGGAGAAAAGUCAUUAAUACUGUACUAGAGGGAAUAAAAUAAUGGUGUACAAGAAA